AUGUUUAAUCGUGUAGUUCAGGGCUUUGCGCAACAAGAUGGAGAUGGAGAAGCUUACUGGGCAGUUGAAGUUGACAUCUACGAUCACAAUCACGAACCCUUUACCGAUCCAGCUGUUCAUCCGCAAGGAUGCCCGCUGACUGAAGAAAUAGUGGCUGCCAUGCGCCCUCGUGGGGUUUCAAUAACCCCACGAGAUGUUUACAAUGUCAACCAAGUAGAGCGUCUGCGCAUCCUGGCUGAUUGUUCUUCGCUUAUUGCUCUGCUUGACGGCCUCGAAGACCGCCCUGAUGCGUCUUAUUUUGCUCAGUUUGAUGCUCAACGACAGUUGACACACCUACUGAUCAUUUCCCUUUCUGCCAAAGAAAUCUGCUACCGAUUUUGCGCUAGAAAGGUAUGGUUGAUCGACUCGACCUACAAGACCAAUCGUUUUGGAUUGCCCUUGAUGCACGUUGUCGGAGUCACGGCCACGCAUCAGUCGUUCAUCUUUGCUUACUGUUUUAUGGUAGGGGAACGCGCAAAAUACUACCUCUGGACGUUGUGGCACAUACAACAUGUUUUUGCUGCCUUCUUGUUAGUACCAAAGACGUUUGUCACCGAUCGUGAUCUGACCUUGAUGAACACUUUGUCAACUGUAUUUUCUGAUGACAUCAACGUCAAUUUUCUUGUGUGCCCAUCCAAUGGCACAAAAGCAAAAACAUCUUCCCCCAGCAGCGAAAGAACUUUGCAAGCAUCGCAGCUUUCAAAGUUCUUGAACAACACCGGAACAACUUGGAUGCAAGAGAUUCUUCCUCACCAUGUCAUGAUUUAUCUUGAAGAGACUUGGCUGCUGUACAAGUACCGAUUUGUAGUAGUGUUUUUACGCAACAAGAUGGAUUUUGACUACACGACAACUGCGCGCGUUGAGAGCGCGCAUGCAGCAGUCAAGUCAUGGAUUGUUGUUGAGCAGUGUCCACGGGGAUUUGUUGACGCCUUGAAGAUAACAUUCAAACAGCACAAACAGCAGCUUGGUACAUCUUUGGAGAACGAUGAGGAUAAUGACGUGGAAUGUCACGGUAUGUUUACUUCAAAUAUGGGAAUGUCGUGCAGACACAAGUUUCGACAAGCAACAGCAACAACACGCGCAACACCCGCUAAACCGCCAAGGGUGCUGAGCCUUGAAGAUUUUGAUUCGCACUGGUGGUUGGUGCAGCCUCCUCGACAAGAAGUAGUGUUAGUAGCACCCACAUCAAUCGAGGAGAGUAUGAAGCGCAUCCAAGAAGAAUUUGAAGAAGGAACCUUGUAUCGGCAGGGAGUAAUCCUUGAUCAUCUCGACGUGCUACCGGCAGCAGAAGUUUUCAAUACGUCUGUUCAGCAUGGCCGCGGGCGCCAUGUUGGUGCUCUUGGACAUCAAUCGCAGAGCUCUACGCAGCAUGAUCCAUCGCGUGAGGUCGUGGAGAAUUCUUUGCGGCCUUUACGUCGAUGCGGAAACUGCGGAGAAGUGGGGCACAACAAGAGAAAUUGUCGUCAACUUCUUCGAACAACUCCCGCAGUGACUGCAUCGGCAACUCUAGUAGCGACUACACCAGCAACUACCGCGGGGGUAUCUUGA